GGAGCAAUUUGACUGUAUUUUCACUUUUAGUAAACCAAUGGUUAAUCUCAUAUCCGGUUACUCCAAACCCUGUCCGGUUUGAUUUUGCUUAUUAAUGGCGCCAACACUCUCUUAAAGGCGGCGAAAAUCGCCGGCGAUUGAAGAAAGCUUUCACUCGCGACGAACCUUCAUGGAGACGUCGAGGCUACCGUUGUCGUCUUCGAUUAGAGGAAAGCUGAUAUCCGCCGGUUACACUUCUCUGUCGUCGAUUUCAUCCGUCUCCUCCACCGAUCUCGCUCGAGAUGUAAAUAUCACAGAUACUGAAGCAUUUGAGAUUCUGAAGAUGGCAAAUCAAAUCAGUGGAUCAAGCUCUUGCAAUGGAGGAAGCUCUUCUCUAGUAAAUGGAGCAAAGAAUGCUUGGGAUAUGCUUCAUGAGGAGGAAGCUUUGCCGCGCAUUACUACAUCUUGCUCUGAUCUUGAUAAGAUCUUGGGUGGUGGAAUCAGCUGCAGGGAUGUUACAGAGAUUGGUGGAGUACCUGGUAUUGGCAAGACUCAGAUUGGGAUACAGCUCUCUGUGAAUGUUCAGAUUCCUCGCGAGUUUGGUGGUCUUGGAGGAAAAGCGAUAUACAUCGAUACAGAAGGUAGCUUCAUGGUGGAGCGUGCUCUACAGAUAGCAGAAGCUUGUGUGGAGGACAUGGAAGAAUACACUGGAUACAUGCACAAACAUUUUGAAGCGAGUCAAGUGCAGAUGAAACCUAGAGAUAUCUUGGAGAACAUAUUCUACUUCCGUGUCUGCAGUUACACCGAGCAGAUCGCAUUGGUCAAUCAUCUCGACAAGUUCAUCUCCGAAAAUAAAGAUGUAAAAGUGGUAAUCGUAGACAGUAUCACGUUUCAUUUCCGUCAGGACUUUGAUGACUUAGCCCAGAGGACACGAGUGCUUAGCGAAAUGGCUUUGAAGUUUAUGAAGCUUGCCAAAAAGUUCUCUCUUGCUGUUGUGUUAUUAAACCAGGUGACCACAAAGUACACCGAAGGCUCGUUUCAGUUAGCCCUUGCGUUAGGUGAUAGCUGGUCUCAUUCGUGUACCAACAGAGUGAUUCUGUAUUGGAACGGUGAUGAGCGUUAUGCGUAUAUCGACAAGUCCCCUUCACUUCCUUCGGCUUCCGCUUCGUACACUGUAACUAGUAGAGGUCUAAGAAACUCCUCAUCAAGCAGCAAGCGUGUCAAGAUGAUGUAAAGACACAACGCGAGACAAGCACUUGGAAGAAGCUUUGUACGGUCUAAUUUACUGCGUGUGAAGAUAAUGGAAAGACACAAUAGAAGCACAUGACUACAUGAGUAAAGCUUUUCUACGGUCUAAUUUGCUGCGUGUCACGAUGAUGUAAAGACACAACACAAGCACGUGAGUAAGCUUUCUACGGUUUAGUUUUGAUUUUGAUUGAAGAGAGUGGUUUGACCGGUCAAUAUCAAAACCGGGAUAAGAGUUGGUGGAUUAGUGACUUAAAUGAUAAUAUAUUUCUUAAAUCUAAAGCAAAUUAUGUUCUGUUCUUCACCAACCCCUGGCUUUUGCUUUACACACCAACUCAUGUUGCACCUAUUCUCUUAUUUUGACUUUUAAAACACACAAAAAAAGUUGAAAGACGUAGAGGAUCAACGAACAAGACUGUGUUCUUUCUGAAUCCAGCGGUCAGCUUUCCUUUAGGUUGAUUUGUCCUUUAAAGAACACGAGGAGUUGGCGGGAUCUGAUUGGUUAUCUUUCUCUCAUUCUCAAU